AUGUGUUAUUUCCAUAUAAUAACUCAAGCCUACCAGACAAAAAGUACCCAAAACAUAUCCUCUUUCCCAAACUCCUAUCCAUCUGAAGUCGGCAGCGGUUUCAACGUUAUCGAUAGUUGUUGGAGAAAAGACAGCAAGUGGGCCUCCAAUCGCCAAAAAUUAGCUGAUUGUGGCAAAGGAUAUGGAGCUGAUGCCCGAGGAGGCAAAAAUGGUGCCAUAUAUGUUGUCACUGACCCUUCUGACCACCCGAUCCAUCCCAAAAAGGGGACACUCAGAUAUGGUGCAAUUCAAAAAAGACCUCUUUGGAUCAUCUUUAAACGGGACAUGAGCAUAACCUUGGAAGGUGGUGAACUUUUUAUUAGUAGUUACAAGACUAUCGAUGGAAGGGGUGCCAGGGUUGAGAUUGCAAACGGACCUUGCCUCAGACUCGAUAACGUGAGCCAUGUUAUUAUCCAUGGGAUCACUAUUCAUAAUUGUUUGCGUGGGAGACUUGACUUGGUUCGUCGUGAUCCCGAUCAUCUUGUUAAUACAAGUACCAUUGGGCAAUCUGAUGGAGAUGGCAUUCGAGUGACUUCAUCUAGCAAAAUCUGGAUUGAUCAUUGCUACCUUUCAAAAUGUGGAGAUGGUCUUCUUGACAUAACUCAAGGAUCAGCUGCCGUCACCGUAUCCAACAACUAUUUCACACAGCAUAACAAGGUGAUGCUGUUAGGGCAUUCAAAUAUGUAUCCUAAGGACAAAAAGAUGCAUGUUACCGUGGUAUUCAACCAUUUUGCUUCUGGACUAGGCCAAAGAAUGCCAAGGGUUAGGUAUGGAUAUGCUCAUGUAGCAAAUAAUAAGUACGAUGAAUGGGGGUUUUAUGCUAUCGGUGGGAGCUCGCAUCCAACAAUACUGAGCGAAGGCAACCACUACACUGCACAAAAUGAUCCUCGUACUAAAGAGGUUACUAAGAGAAUAUCACAUGAUCGGAGGUGGAAGAAGUGGUCAUGGAAAUCCAAGAAUGAUUUAUUUUUUAACGGGGCAUAUUUUGUUUCAUCUGGGAAAUUUUGGAGACCUGAUUAUUCUAGAUCUCAAGCAUUUAAGGUGGCUUCGGCAAAAGGAGUUCCUACUAGUUUGACUCGUGAUGCUGGCCCUCUCCGCUGUGUUGAAAAUCUUCCAUGUAGAAAUUGA